AUGAAUGGCCACGUCGAACCUGCUGCACUGCCAGCGCAUCGCGCAUCCACGGAUUCCGAAACCGAGCAGCCGCCGCGAUUCGACGAGCAGCAGGCGCUAAGCACGCUGGACGUUGCGUGCCUCAUUAUCAACAAGAUGAUAGGGGGAGGCAUAUUCGUGUCGCCGAGGAUAGUUGCCCACUUGACUGGCAACAAGCUCAUCGCUUUGUCCCUCUGGAUUUUUGGAGGAGUAUAUUCGUUCUGCAGUAUCUACAUAUAUCUUGAAUAUGGCCUCGCGUGGCCUUACAAUGGUGGCGAGUUUAUCUACAUAUCCAAGAUUUUCCCCGUGCCUCCUCUGCUUUUCGCCAGCGCCUUCGCAUGGGUUUUCAUCGCAUCCGCAACACCCACCUCCAACUCAGUUACGUUUGCGCGCUAUAUCAACCCGACCAAGGAUGGCCAACCCGAUGUCUGGUUCACCAAGUUCUUCGCGUGCGUGAUCGUGGUGGGAAUAUGCGCGGUACACUAUCGACUCGUGAACAUCGGUAUCUGGGCGAACGACUGCCUGGCGGUAUACAAGGUCCUGUUCUUGCUGGUGCUGGUCCUAGCCGGGUUCGUGGAAACCUGUCGCCAGGGAGCUGACGGCGGCUUGCUGGGACUCGGAGACUAUGCCACGACUCACGGAAGCCCUUCGCCAACUAACGUUGCGCUGGCUAUCCUCCAGGUUCUGUACAGUUACCAGGGCUGGGAAAACGCCAACUAUGUGACAUCGGAGAUCAAGGGGGCAGGAGAGCAUAAGAAACGAAGGUUGAAGCGCGGUGCGUUCAUCGCGAUCAGUAUUGUCAUGUUUCUCUAUAUCUCCUUCAACAUGUUUGUGUUUUUCAUCAUGGACUUUGCUUCAGUCACCAAUCCCCGGAAUAAUGUCGCCGCAGACUAUGCCAUCAGCGUUUUCCGAACAAGCCAUACCAAGAUGGCGAGCCACGCGAUCUACGUCAACAUUGCAUUGGCCGCCGCUGGAAACAUCAUCGGAGUCACCUUUAGCAAUGCCAGGGUGAACCGCGAUAUUGCGAAGCAUCGCAUUAUCCCAUUCUACAAGUUCUUCUCCAAAAGUUCCAAGUAUGGGAGUACCCAGUGGGACAACCUGGGCACUCCGACUGGUGGUCUGAUCCUCCAAGCUCUGGUUACCUGCAUAACCAUUGCAUCCUACGAGCCAUACAGGACCAACCUUACAAUGUACACGUAUGGCCAUGCCGUGGUGUGCUGCGCGCUUGGUAUUGGGGUCUUCUUUAUUCGAAAGCGAAUGAACCAGUACGAGACAAGUUCCACUGACCCAGCAGACAAGACAUAUGGCAACCACUGGAAGUACCAGGUAAUGAAGUCAAGCCAGCUCCGCUACACAGCCACCAUCUUCUUCAUAGUCGUCAACCUGUUCCUUGUCGUUGUCCCGUUUAUACCCUCGGAUAACCCCGACGGAACCCCCAGAGAUACACCCUCGUGGGUGCAGCCGGUCAUCGUCACUGCUCUUUACGCUUUGGGAGCCUCAGUUUCGCUUUAUAUUAUCACCUUCGUAGAGGAUCUCAAAUUCCGCGGCAGCAGGUACAACGUUCACGAUCCCAGCGACUUGAGCGGUUUUAUCAACUACAAUGAGCGACGGUGGAUCGUGAGGUAUCCGGGCUAUCCCGAAUGGCCAUGGGGCUGGAAAAGCGCGUUCAGGCUGCUUCCAACGUUGUUUACACCCCUUUCCUGGGAAAGGAUCAAAGAGAGACUCUUCACAAAUGGUGAAGCGGAGGCAGCGAAAGAGCUGAGAAGGAAGGCCCAGCAGCCGCUGGAACCAGCGUACAGGCUUGAACAAUACCUGGUCCUUCCCUGA